AUGGCAAUCUGUGUAUACUGCCGACAUCCAUUCAAAAGCCAGUCAGCUGUGUCACGGCAUCAAGGACAGUCACUCGAAUGCAGGGAGAAACGAGACGAACGCUAUACAAGUCUCUGGAAAGAGCGCCAGAGGCUCCGUCGCGAACGAGAACUUGAAGCUGAUCAUCCGCAACGGCAUACAACGGUUGAAGAUAUACCUGACGAAGACCACGCACCUGUCUACCCGAAGGCACGGUACCGUCAGGACUUCCCAGCGGAAAAGCACGCUGCUCAGUCGUUUGGAGAGUCACCGACGUGGUUCGAGAAGAUCCGUAGCGAGCGCAUUCGAGACGAGCAGGUCUUGACAGGGGAUCAGGUCUAUGGCCCCUUUGAAGACGAAGAGGAGUGGGAGCUGGCGAAGUGGCUUAUCAAGAACGUCGGUCAUAACCAGGCUGAAAACUUCCUCAAGCUUCCUAUCAUACGGAAUCGCGUCCAUCCUACAUACCACAACAAAGAUCGACUUCUUCAGAACGUCGACUCUCUGCCCAAGGGAGUCGACUGGAAGUGCGAGCUUGUUGAACUCACCGGAGAUAUCAAGAACCUCAACGGAGAGGCAAUGAAGGAGACUGUCGAGUUCUGGCACCGCGACCCGCUCGACUGCAUCCGCGAGUUGAUCGGGAACCCUUUCUUCCGUAACCUCAUUCGAUAUGCGCCGGAACACCAUUUCCUGGAUAAGAACGGAACGACACGGGUGAUCAACGAGAUGUGGACCGCUGACUGGUGGUGGGACUUACAGAAUCUACUUCCGGACGGCGCAACGAUCGCACCUAUCAUCCUGUCAUCCGAUAAGACCAAACUGUCACAGUUUCGGGGCGAUAAGAGUGCAUGGCCGGUGUACCUUACCAUCGGCAAUAUCGCAAAGGAUGUUCGCCGUGAAGCAUCGUCACACGCUACCGUGCUCGUAGGCUACCUUCCGGUCGCAAAACUUGAUUGUUUUACCGACAAGUCACGCCCUGCUGCGAAGUACCGUCUUUUCCACUACUGCAUGCGGACGAUGCUGGCAUCCGUUGCACAAGCGGGACGUACCGGAAUGAAGAUGACUUGUGCAGACCGCCAGGAUCGCUCAGUAUGGCCAAUUGUCGCUGCUUACGUGGCCGAUUAUCCUGAACAGUGUCUUGUCGCCUGUUGCAUGGAGAACCGUUGUCCGAUGUGUCAGGUACCUCCGGAUCGCCGAGGGGACCACGAUACUCACCCUGCGCGUCACAAAGGCGAGUCAUUGUCUCUUAUUCGAGAGCAAGACAACCCAACGAAUGGUGUUUUUGAUGCGGCUUCGGAGAGCCGUUUCAAGGACCUCGGCUUACGCCCAGUGUACCCGCCGUUCUGGGCCGAUCUUCCCCAUUCGAACGUAUUCGAGUGGUUCACACCGGAUCUACUACACCAACUCCAUAAGGGCGUCUUCAAGGAUCAUGUGGUCAAGUGGUGCACAUCAAUCGUUGGAGAGGACGAGCUGGACGCACGUUUCCGCGCGAUGAGCAACAUCACAGGGCUCCGACACUUCGCGCACGGGAUUUCAACAGUGUCGCAGUGGACUGGGCACGAGCACAAGGAGAUGGAGAAGGUAUUCCUCGGUCUUCUCAUCGGCCGCGCAGACGCACAAGUUAUUCGUGCGGUUCGUGCUGUUCUAGACUUCAUCAAUCUCGCCGCCCUGCACUCCCAUACAACAGAGACACUCACCUUACUCCGACAAAGCCUCGACGACUUCCACACGUACAAGCACAUCUUCAUCGAGCUUGGUGCGCGCACGCAGUCGCAUUUUAAUAUCCCGAAGCUACACGCAAUUGAACACUACGCGCUCAUGAUCCUGAAGUUCGGCUCUGCAGACGGGUUCAACACCGAGUCGCCCGAGCGUCUGCACAUCGACUACGCAAAGGACGCCUACCGAGCCAGUAACCACAAGGACUAUACCGCGCAGAUGGUCACCUGGCUUCGCCGUCAAGAGGCAGUCGACCGUUUUGCUCGGUAUCUGACGUGGUGCCGCGAUGGAUCACCCUCGACUCUUCGACCUGCCGGUGGCUUGGAUGUCGCAUCCGAGCGAACACGAGACGGUACUGGACAAGACGAGGAUACUAUCGAAGUAUGCCCCUUGGUAGACUCACCCGAGAUCGCACUGCAAGUCAGUACAGCCAUGUACAAGUUCCCGGAAAGGCAUAGGAAGACGUCUUUGAAGGGUGUCACAGCAGCUACGAUUAUGGAGGAGCAUCACGCACCUCAAUUCCUCGCAUCGCUCACAGCCUAUCUGCGCAGCCAAGGUUCUGACUCGGACUCCUCCUUCACCCCACAACCCUUCGAUGGCUUCGACUUGUAUGCCCGUCUUGCAACCCGUCUUCCGCUGAUCGACGCCACUGGUCCUCGCGCUCUCAAGAACGUUGUCCGCGCCAGUCCGCCAGUGCCGGCUCAAGGGCGCCAACCCGCCAAAGCCGCGCACCUGGACUUUGCGCUCGUGCGCACAGGAGAGCCGAAUGAGAAGACAAGGGGUACACCAUUGCAGGGUCUUCGUGUGGCACAUAUCCGAGCGAUCUUCACGCUACCUCAUCACUACCCCACGCGAUCGUCGCAUCCACUGGCCUAUGUAGAGUGGAUGACUCCGUUCCACCGCGUCGACCCGGAUUCCGGGCAAUAUGUUCUCAUGCCCUCGACUCGCCAGCAAAAGCCAUAUGGGGAAGUGAUUACGGUCGACCGUAUCGUGCGCAAUUGUCAUCUCUGGCCAGCGUUCGGGAGGGCAGUCGAUAGGCGUUGGACCACAGAUAACGUGUCGGAC